AAUCGUUGCCUGGAUCUGUGGAAGCUAAUUUGUUAAAAAUUUAUUUCCAAUGGUGUCUGACGAUAGCGCCAAGCAGCAAAUCGUUGCGAGGAGGACAAACUCCUCAAGAUCAGACACUGGCGAGAAGAAUUUCGCCAUGAAAGAGAAAGAGGAAAAUUUAAAAGACAUGGAUGGGGAAGCUCCUUCAAGGCAAUCGACGAAGGACGAGGCGACAUCACCUGAACAACAGCCGGGCUUUUUGUGGAAAGUAUCUGGUGGCGUUUAUAACAAGGCAGCCACAGUAGUCGGAGGUGUUGGUUGGGUUGCAGGGACGGCAUUAUCCACGACGUAUAGCGCUGUAUCAGCCGUUGGGGGAGUUGCACUGACACCAUUCAAGAAAUCACCGAAGGACAAGUCUGAUUGAUACUGUGUAUCGGAACAAGGGGCUUCCUGAGGAAAAUUUCACAUGGCAUAGUGCCAAGAGUUCUAUUUAGAUAUUGUUAUUGACGAAGAUCUUUACAUUCACGGACACUUACAGAAAAUAAGGUAACCUUUUGUCGAGUGAAACGAAAAAUACAUUAAUUUCGAAACUGAGGGACUGAAUUUUCGUGGUAUCUCAGUCCGCACAAAAUUGAUGCUUGCACGCAAAAACUGAAUUACUACUUGUUCGUGUGAUUUUGUAGAAAUAGUGGGUAAUUCCGUAUACUUGAAAUAGUAGAGAAGUGAUGAAACACCAUUAUCUUCAAUUCGAAAUUUGCUUGCUCAGCUGAGUGCCCCGAAUUGGUAAUUGACGCAGUUUUAUAAGUUCGCUUUUUCCUUUCAAAUUUCCAAGUUAGACUUGUUUACACAAUGGUUUCGAACUACUCUCUUUCAGAUAGCUCUAUGUUGUAGCUGAUCAGCGAUAGAUGAAAAUUGUAAAUACAAUACUGUUCCUAUUUCAAUUCCUUUAUUGAGAAAAGAAAACCGAAGAUAUAAACUUAAUAUAUUCUUUAUCCAAUGUGAAGGUUUGAAAUGAAUCUCGCAAUUUCGAUGAAAAUUAAAAUUGUUGUUUAAAAAAGUAAAGAUGCCUCUGAAGUUUACUGUUUAGCUCAAAAUACCAAGUUGCAUUUCAACGUUUGUAUGUCCAGCUCUGAAAAUUUGAGACCAUAUCUAAAGCUAGAACAAUUUUAUUUCUGCAGCCAAGAAGUGUCCACUUGAGUUACAGCUGCUCUGGUUGUAGGAUGGUCUGUUAAUCAGAGUUGGCUUAAAAAAUGUUAGCUUCUAAUAACAACGCUUAUAAAAUGUAAAAUUCA